GUCCAUGAUCGACGUGCAAGUCUUUUCCUGGAUGGCCUUGAGGAGGAUGGGACACCCUACGGGACAAAACAUCUAACCAACAUGCUCUUAGACAUCAGUGAGGAUGGCUCUAUGUGGGUGGGCCUUGGCUCCAAUGGGUCUAAUCAGUUCAUUGGGCGAAUGCAGGACUUUAGAUUUUAUCCUACUACUUUGACCAACAGGGAAGUUGUGGAAUUGUACUCUGGAGUCCUUCCUGAGCUGCACACCCAGUCUGAAUGUCGCUGUCCACCCAGUCACCCAAGAAUACACCCCUUAGUAGAGAGGUACUGCAUUCCUAAUGGAAUCGAGGACACCACCACUGACAGGGUAUUAAGGCUGAACAUUAAUGCUCAUCCACUCAGCUACAUCAAUGAUCAGGACAUGGGGACCACAUGGCUGUCUAAGAUCAUGACAACACAAGACUUAGAUGAAGGAAUCACCAUUACAGUGGAUUUGGCUAAUGGACAAUACCAGGUGUUUUACGUCAUAGUUCAGUUUGGUGGACUUUUGCCAGAGUCUGUUUUGAUCCAGAGACAGAAGCUUGAUUUCACCGAGCCUGAGAGUGGCAUCAGAGCAGAACAGCCCUGGUUGGAUUGGCAGUACAUGGCCAGAAACUGUAAUGUGUUUGGGAUGCAGAACAAUGGGCCUUUACCAAGACCUGACUCAGUGAACUGUCUUCAGUUGCCCAGCGAUGUGCCCUUCUCUGGAGGUAACAUCACAUUCAGCCUGCUGACCAUGCAGCCCCAUCCGAGGCCAGGCUACAAUGACUUCUACAAAACUCCAGCUCUGCAGUCCAUGGUACAUGCUGCGCAAGUCAGAAUUCACAUGAGGGGACAAUACCAUACCGGAGGAGUCCGUGUGAACCAGCGAUACAAGUACUUUGCCAUCAAUGAGAUCACCAUCAGUGGCAGAUGUGAGUGUCAUGGCCACGCAGACCACUGUGACACCAGUGUCACACCGUACCGGUGUCUGUGUCUGCCAGAGAGCCAUACCAUGGGAACAAAUUGCGAGCACUGUGCCCCACUCUACAAUGACAAACCGUUCCGGUCAGGUGACCAGCUUCAACCUAUGAGCUGCCGACCUUGCCAGUGUCAUGGCCACGCCCUGUCUUGUCAUUACGAUGCUCUAGCUGAUAACCAACCAGAAGAGCACUAUCAAGGAGGAGGAGGGGUCUGUGACAACUGCACGCACAACACUGCAGGAAGGAAUUGUCAACACUGCAUUAGUGGAUUUUUUAGGCUAAAUGAUUCUGAUCCCACUUCAGUUGAUGUGUGUCAGCCCUGUGAGUGCCACACUUCUGGAACGGUCAACGGCACCAUGGAGUGUGCCCAGAUAGGAGGGCAGUGUCAGUGUAAGGCCGGGGUGAUAGGUCGCCAAUGUGCGCACUGUUUGCCUGGUUGGUAUAAUCUGGAUGCUUCAAAUCCGAAUGGCUGUAUUUCCUGCAACUGCAGUAACCUGGGCAUCAGCAGCAGCGCAACAGGAGUGGAUUUCAGCUGUGACCAAUACACUGGACAGUGUCGGUGUAAACCCCAUGUCAUAGGUCUUUCAUGUGACCAUUGUGAGUUUGGUUAUUGGAACCUUUCCAACCCAGAAGGCUGCAUACCAUGUGACUGUGAUCCCUUGGGUUCCCUCAGUCCAUUUUGUGAACCUGAAGGGGGCCAGUGCCACUGUAAGCCUGGGGUGGGUGGUCAGCGAUGUGAUUCAUGCGGCACAGGCUUGUUUGGCUUAAGGCUUGAGGGAUCCUGUGCACCCUGCAACUGCUCACAUGAUGGGACAGUACCUGGGACAGACUGUGAUCCAUUUACAGGACAGUGUAAAAAUGUGGAGGGCCUUCGCUGUGACUCUUGCCGUCAUGGUUACCAUACCCUGGAGCAUCGAAACUCCCUAGGUUGCCUACCAUGUGUGUGUGACAUGAGUGGAACUGUGCCUGAGGGUGUAUGUGACAUGUGGACUGGACAAUGCCCAUGCAAGGAAGGGGUGGAGGGCACACAAUGUACCAACUGUGUCCAUAACUACUAUAAUCGGAGUACAAAUCUUGACAGUGGUUCAUUUCAGGGCUGUGUUCCAUGUACCUGCGACCCCAGGGGCACAGUCCCAGGGUCAGUCUGUGACAGUACCACAGGCCGGUGUGUUUGUGUCCCAACACGCUAUGGAAAAGACUGCAGUAGCUGUCGUCCUGGUUUCUACCUCUCUCCAGAUCACAGGAUGUGUUUGAAAUGUGACUGCCAUCCAAUGGGAGCGCUGCAGCGGGACUGUGAGAGCCAGAAUGGACUGUGUGUGUGCGCCCAUCCCUCAGUGGGUGGGAGACGUUGUGACCAGUGUCAUGAAAAUUUCUUUGGGUUCAACCCUGGUUUAGGCAGAUGCCAGCUUUGUGCAUGUGACCCAGUGGGUAGCAUCAAUAGUUCUUGCCAUCCAGACACAGGGGUAUGUGCCUGUAAGCUUCUUGUAACUGGAGACAAGUGUGAUUCAUGUCAGCCUGGAGCAAGUCAUUUUGAUGCAGGAAACCCCUUUGGCUGCAGCAAAGCACCCUCACAGCAGCCUGUACCGGCAGGUUUAGCUCUCAGUUACUCCUCCAUUCAUCUCUCUUGGCAUCCACCUGAUUCUCCAAACUCACACAGACUCAAUUACACUGUCAUUAGGGAUGGAAAGUCAGUGCAUACCCUCCAAAGCGCUGAAUCCUUUGUGGACAGUGGUUUGUUUCCCUUCACCAACUACUCUUACUGGCUCAGAACGACUAAUAUAGCUGGUGAGACCAUAAGUUCCUCAGCCUCAUACCAAACUUUAGGUGCACCCCCUGCAGUCACUGAGCUUCAUUUAAACCUUCUGGGACGACCUGGUCCAGCUGCUGCAAGCUUUAACUGGACCACACCAAGAAAUGAUACUGGCCCAGUUGAGAGGUUUGUAUUAUCCUUGAAGGAUUCAUCUACAGGAGAAACUUUCAUUCAUUACACAGGCUUAUCUUCAGAAGCUGUGGCAAGCAGACUAAAGCCCUUCACAAAGUAUGCAGCCAUACUGGAGGCAUGUACUUCUGGAGGAUGUACUUCUACACCACCACUUUCUUUAGUGACAGCUGCUGCUCCCCCCCAAAACCAGCCUCCUCCCAAAGUCACUGCUACUGGACCGCAUUCACUGCAUGUGUCUUGGAAACCUCCCAUUCAGCCAAAUGGUGUUAUUACAAGGUAUGAGGUCUUCAUGCGUGGGCCAGUGGAAUCACAAAACUUCUCAGAUCUUGCUCUUGAGAGAAGUGUGUUUAACAGCACCAGCUGGCUGGAGCCAAAUGCCUCAACUGAAGGAAAACUAGCCAACAGAAGUACAGUCUCACCUUCAGAGGCUAGCACCAUUGUAACGGGUCUGCAGGCAUAUUCAACUUACCAGCUGAGAGUUGCAAGCAUUAGCAGCGCAGGAAGGGCUGCAUCACAGUGGACCACAGUCCCCCCGGAGUUCAUGGCUCCUCCAGAUGUGUCUGCAUUGUCAUCCACCAGUCUCAGAGUGACAUGGAACUCUACUGAGGGUCAAGGGUUUAUUGCCAGAGGACAAGUCACAGAGUACCGAGUCAAUUUACUCACUGAGCAAACCACCAAUCCAUAUGCUCCUCGAGUUGUUAGCCAGGUUUUACAUUUGUCAGUACCAUCAUCUCAGACUGUUUACAUAGUGAAAGGAUUGAAGCCUUACCAUGUGUACAACUUCACUCUCACACUCUGCACAAAAAUGGGUUGCAUUACUAGUCUACCAAGCACAGGACGGACCCUACCAGCAGCUCCAACAGGACUGUCUUUACUUCGAUUACAUACUGAAAAUGAAACCACUAUUCUGAUAGACUGGGACCCACCAGCCCAACUUAAUGGACCAAAACCACUAUAUCAGGUGGAAAGAACAGACAUAUCCCUUUCUGACCCACAAGAACCAGUUGUAAGAGGAACCAGAUUUUCAGGGAAUGGCUUUUACCAGUUUCCCAGUGACACUAUUCCCACCAACACUGACUUUACAGUACUCUCUGAGUACUACGCUUUUAUCCAAAUUCAACAAAUGAUUUUUUAUUUCGUCCUCAUCCAUCAGGCACAAAGGAUGCUUCUUAUACCCUCCGCUCUCCUCCUCAUAAAGGGUGUUGAACUGAGUUUUAAGACUCAUUCCCGAGAUGGCCUCCUGCUGUGUGCCUUUUCUCCAGGUGACCAGGAAGAGUUUCUUGCUAUUCACAUAAAAAAUGGACGUCCAUACUUUUUGUUUGAUCCUCAGCAACAGCUAAAGAAAUUCCUUUUAAAUUCUACAUUUUUCAAACGUUUAACAAACUAUUUCUACCCCGUCUCCUUUCUUCCUCACUUUCUCUCAUCUGGUAAAUGCGAUCUGUAUCCCCUCAUUGGUUUCUGUCAGGGAGACGGGGAGCGAGUAGAAACUUUGAAAGGCUCAGCAGUGGCUGUAAGUGUGCAGGGUGAUGGAGGGCAGCGCUACGAUGAUGGACAAUGGCACAGCAUCACAGCAACAAGACGAGGGGCCGUGGGAACAAUCGUUGUAAACAAUCAAUACAGCGGAAGUGCAUCAGCUUCCAGUGGCAGCAGCAUUAUUGGUGAGAACAUGGGGCUGUUCAUCGGAGGGCUGCCUGAAGAUUUUACUCUUCUCAGAGAGGAUUCAGGAGAUGCACGGCUGGUUCGACAGGGCUUUUCUGGCUGCCUCAGAGAUGUGAGAAUAAAAGUGACUGACAGCCCCUCAGAGGAAUGGAUGCUCCUGGACUGGACAAAAGCCACAAUGAAAGUGUCAGUGUAUGAAAGCUGGGAGGGUUGCCCUCUUCAGACUGCUGAUGGAGUGCAUUUUCUGGGUCAUGGUUACUUGGAGUUGCACACAGGUGUUUUCAGUGGAGGACAGGACUUUGACAUUUCUAUGGAUUUCCGAACCGACCAACUCAAUGCUCUUUUGCUUUUUACAUAUAACACUCAAACUGAGGACUACAUGCUUGUGGAGCUAGAAGGUGGCCUCCUCGCUUUCAUUCUUGCCUGUGAUGGUUAUGUGACUGAACUCAGCAUGUGGGUGGGGCUUAGCUACUGUGAUGGAGACUGGAAGCAGCUGUCAUUGGCAAAACGUGGCUCAACCAUAUCUGCUGCUGUCAACGACUGGGCAGAGGAAACAAAAGGAGUGGGAGGGACAUUGAAUUUGAGAGUCGAUUCCCCAUUAUACCUGGGGGGUGUCCCAACAGAGCUCUCACAUCCUGCUCUGGAUAGCCAAAGUCACAAACACGGCCUUGGAGGUUGCAUACGUGGUCUUACCAUCCACAGUGACGAACAAAACUCUUCAGCCAGUCAAAUUGUUGACAUCUCCUUUGCCUCACGUCGCUCUGUCAGAGUCUACUUAGAUGGCUGUCCUACAAGUAAGAGUCGGUUCAACUGCAGAGGAAAUGAUUCAGUCUUGGUGUACAGUGGGAAAAAGGUGCAGGCCGCAGACUACAGUCUCCUGCCUUUUACGGAGUUGUGGCCUUGGCUGCAGGAGGUUGGGCAGCAGGACCGUGGAAGAGAGGACGCAGCCGUGGACAAGAAUUAG